CUACCCGUACUCUAGUACACCAUACUUUGUUUGCUUGUGUUCUGUGCACGACUUCACGUGAUUCUGUGGUGGAGUUGUGGUGGCUGUGUUUACGGCACGUGGUGAGCGAGCAGGUAUACAAAUUCACUUCCCUGCCGCUGUCGCUUACGAGCACCUUCAAAGCUUCUGCUGAUCUUAGUUGUGCCCGUCAAGAUAUAGGCCAUCUCUGCACCGUUGACAACAAUUAGCCGCAAGUGCUGAUUGCGGCUGGUUGGCUCAGUCCAGAAACAGGCCUCACAAAUGCGAUGAGCCUAGCUGAAAGCAUCACUGCCAAAAGGGUACGCCACGCUCCUUCGAAGGUUGUUGGUCAGGUAGAGGUUGGCAUGCAGCACAACUUGCCUCUGGCUGACAAGUCUGUUGGGUGCUCGUUCAAACCAGGGAGCGAGUCUAGGAGCGUGCAGACUACGGAGGCUGUGGAACAGUUAAGCUCCACCUCAGCAUCAAGACCUUUAAUUUCUGCAUCAACUGCCAAAUGUGACUACUCAAAGCAAGGAUGCUUCCACCGAUGUCAGCUAUGUGACUAUGAGACUGAUGAACUAUUUCUUCUGGAAGAACAUGCCAGCAACCAUACUGGCGAGAAACUGUUUCAUUGCCCUUUAUGCCAUCGGAGGUUUCCACAGAAGCAGAGACUGAAAACCCACCUGCUCACCCACACAAUCAAGACGCCAUUUCAGUGCACUUCAUGCUUUCGGAGCUUCUCGGAUAAGGCUCACCUGAAAGACCACUUGCGUAUCCAUACGGAGGAGAAACCGUUUCAUUGCCUUUUAUGCCCUCAGAGCUUCUCACGAAAGUAUGACCUGAAAGAUCACCUGCGCACCCACACAGGCGAGAAGCCAUAUCAGUGCCCUUCAUGCUCUCGCGGCUUCUCAAAAAAAUGUCACCUGAAAGCACACCUGGUGACUCACACAAACGAGAAGCCAUAUCAGUGCCCUUCAUGCUCUCGGAGCUUCUCGCGAAAAACCUCCCUGAAAGACCACCUGUGCAGCCACACAGGUGAGAAGCCAUAUCAGUGCCCUUCAUGCUCUCGGGGCUUCUCACGAAAGGGCUACCUGAAAAAGCACCUCCCCACUCACUCAGGCGAGAAGCCAUUUGAGUGCCCUUUAUGCUCCCAGGCAUUCUUACGAAAGUAUGACCUGAAAGCGCACCUGGUGACUCACACAAACGAGAAGCCAUUUGACUGCCCUUCAUGCUGUCAGACCUUCUCACGAAAGUAUGACCUGAAAGUUCACCUGCGCACCCACACAGGCGAGAAGCCAUAUCAGUGCCCUUCAUGCUCUCAGAGCUUCUCACACUGCAGCACCUUCAGGAAACACAUGAGGCGAGAAGCGAUUUCAGUGCCCACUCUACCUUCAGAGAUUCUCGUUCAGAAAUGCCCUAAAGAUACACCAUGCAGUGCAUUCAUACAGGUGACCGGCCAUAAAGUUGCACCGUCUCCUCCAGGUCCUCAUCACUUGAACGGACUUCAGAGAGCACAGCACCAUGGUGCUGUAAUUUGCAUCCUCAAUGUCUUGACUCAUUGUCAUAAGACUGUGGCUAGCUGUACAAUGCAGUUUCUGCGCCACAAGCUGUCAGUGAAUGGUGGCCUCACAAAUGCGAUGAGCCUAGCUGAAAGCAUCACUGCCAAAAGGGUACGCCACGUCCCUUCAAAGGUCCUUGGUCAGGUCGAGGUUGGCAUGCAGCACAGCUUGCCUCUGGCUGACAAAUCUGUCGGCUGUUCGUUGAAACCAGGGAGUGAGUCUAGGAGCGUGCAGACUACGGAGGCUGUGGAACAGUUAAGCUCCACUUCAGCAUCAAGGACUUUAAUUUCUGCAUCAACUGCGAAAUGUGACAUCUCAAAGCAAGGAUGCUUCCACCGAUGUCAGCUAUGUGACUAUAAGACUGAUGAACUAUUUCUUCUGGAAGAACAUGCCAGCGUCCAUACUGGCGAGAAACUGUUUCAUUGCCCUUUAUGCCCUCAGAGCUUUCCACAGGAGCAGAGACUUAAAACCCACCUGCUCACCCACACAAUCAAGACGCCAUUUCAGUGCACUUCAUGCUUUCGGAGCUUCUCGGAUAAGGCUCACCUGAAAGAUCACUUGCGCAUCCAUACGGAGGAGAAACCGUUUCAUUGCCUUUUAUGCCCUCAGAGCUUCUCACGAAAGUAUGACCUGAAAGUUCACCUGCGCACCCACACAGGCGAGAAGCCAUAUCAGUGCCCUUCAUGCUCUUGGGGCUUCUCAAAAAAAUAUCACCUGAAAGCACACCUGGUGACUCACACAAACGAGAAGCCAUAUCAGUGCCCUUCAUGCUCUCGGAGCUUCUCGCGAAAAACCUCCCUGAAAGACCACCUGUGCAGCCACACAAACGAGAAGCCAUAUCAGUGCCCUUCAUGCUCUCGGAGCUUUUCGCGAAAAACCUCCCUGAAAGACCACCUGCUCACCCACACAGGCGAGAAGCCAUAUGAAUGCCCGUCAUGCUCUCAACGCUUCUCGCGCAAGUCCUGCAUGAAAGCCCAUCUGCACACCCACACAGGUGAGAAGCCAUAUCAGUGCCCUUCAUGCUCUCAGAGCUUCUUGCGAAAGACCUCCCUGAAACAGCACCUGUACAGCCACACAGGCGAGAAGCCAUACCAGUGCCCUUCAUGCUCUCGGGGCUUCUCACAAAAGCAACACCUGAAAGCGCACCUGGUGACUCACACAAGCGAGAAGCCAUUUGACUGCCCUUCAUGCCGUCAGAGCUUCUCACGAAAGAGCAACCUGAAAGUCCACCUGCGCAUCCACACAGGCGAGAAGCCAUAUCAGUGCCCUUCAUGCUCUCAGAGCUUCUCAUACUUGAGCACCUUCAGGAGACACAUGAGGCGAGAAGCCAUUUUAGUUCCCACUCUACCUUCAGAGAUUCUCGUUCAGAAAUGCCCUGAAGAUACACAAGUGCAUUCAUACAGGUCAUCAAGACCUUUAAUUUCUGCAUCAACUGCCAAAUGUGACAACUCAAAGCAAGGAUGCUUCCACCGAUGUCAGCUAUGUGACUAUGAGACUGAUGAACUAUUUCUUCUGGAAGAACAUGCCAGCGACCAUACUGAAUGUCACCUGAAAGCACACCUGGUGACUCACACAAACGAGAAGCCAUAUCAGUGCCCUUCAUGCUCUCGGAGCUUCUCGCGAAAAACCUCCCUGAAAGACCACCUGUGCAGCCACACAGGUGAGAAGCCAUAUCAGUGCCCUUCAUGCUCUCGGGGCUUCUCACGAAAGGGCUACCUGAAAAAGCACCUCCCCACUCACUCAGGCGAGAAGCCAUUUGAGUGCCCUUUAUGCUCCCAGGCAUUCUUACGAAAGUAUGACCUGAAAGCGCACCUGGUGACUCACACAACCGAGAAGCCAUUUGACUGCCCUUCAUGCUGUCAGACCUUCUCACGAAAGUAUGACCUGAAAGUUCACCUGCGCACCCACACAGGCGAGAAGCCAUAUCAGUGCCCUUCAUGCUCUCAGAGCUUCUCACACUGCAGCACCUACAGGAAACACAUGAGGCGAGAAGCCAUUUCAGUGCCCACUCUACCUUCAGAGAUUCUCGUUCAGAAAUGCCCUAAAGAUACACCAUGCAGUGCAUUCAUACAGGUGACCGGCCAUAAAGUUGCACCGUCUCCUCCAGGUCCUCAUCACUUGAACGGACUUCAGAGAGCACAGCACCAUGGUGCUGUAAUGUAGGUCAACAAUCUUGUUGAACUAGAGUCUUAGUUACUUACUCUUAGAUUCUGUGCUGCAAGAUUAGACGGUCACACGUGCAACGAAACGACAAUGGGUCCAUUGAUAAAGCAUGUGCGUGUGAUGACGGUGAAAACAUACGGUCGUAACUUUUUUCUGAGUGGAUUCUAAUUUGGAAAUAUCCUUUAUGCGUUGAGGCGACCACACUACAGAAGCAUACUCUAAAACAGGUCUAAUUAGUGAUUUAUAGGCUGUAAGCUUGCACUCUUUAGUGCCUUGUUUUAAAGUUCGUUUUAGGCACCCUAAUUUUUGCAGCGCUUUAUAGCAGACUAUUGAUAUGAUUAUGCCAACUAAGGGGUGGCAUAACUAAGGUUAGGUUAGUUGUGAAAGUAAGUCCAAAGCAUUUGUACUUGUUAACUUCGUUAAUACUGUACCCUUGAGUGCCGUACGUGAAUUUUAGGGGCUGUUUCUUGUUAGUAAAAGUCAUUGCCACAGUUUUGCUGAAGGUAAUGUUUAUCUGUCAUGUGUUACUCCAGUCUGAAAAUGAUGAAAAUAUGUUGUUAAGCACUUUUUGAUCACGAAGAGUACGAAUGUUGGAAUAGAUCACGCAAUCAUCUGCGUAGAGAUAUUUUCACUUGUGUGUUUCUGGCUACUUCAAUAAUGUCAUUAACAUAUAUGAUGAAUAAGAGCGGCCCGAGAACUGAGCCCUGCAGCACCCGUGACAUUACCUGAGCUAUAGAAGAGGUUUUGCAAUUAAAAGUGACAGAUUGAAGUCGGAGGUGCAGGUAACCGGAUAUCUAGUCAAUUAGUUUAUUACCAGGAAAGAUUGCAGCAAGUUGUAGUAUUCAAUGGCUUACCCUGUGAAAUGCUUUUGAGUAGUCGAAAAAGAUGGCAUCAAGCUGACCGCGGUUAUUUAGUGAUAUGGCUAUGUCAUGCGUAAAUUCUAAUAAUUGUGCUGUAGAAAAUCCUGGUCGAAAACCAUGCUGCUGUGGGGACAGAAAGUUAUUUGCCGAUAAAUACUGAAUGAUGUGCUCGAGAAGUUUGCAACAUGUGGGCAGCUAGUGAUUAGCUGUUUGCUACCAGAAUUGAAGAUGGGAAUGAUGUUAGCUUGUUCCUAAACCUGGGGAACUCAGAGACGUCUCAAGAGAUUUGUUAAAUAUAACUGUCAAGUACCGGGCAUUCCCUUCAGAGUAUCGCUGUAAAUAUUUGUUUGGCCCUCCGUCAGCUCCAAAACUUUUUGUAGUAUCAAUUGUUAGUAAUAAGUUGUGAACACAAGCGUAAGUUAUAACGAGAGCAGGACGCUCUGGUAAAGUGUUGUUGAUGCAAAAAGGGGGACCGACGCCAUCGUCCUGACAAAAAACAGACUGAAAAUAAGCGUUGAAAGUUUUGGAAAUAAUCAGAGGAUCAGAGAAAGGGUGAUCGUUAAUGAUCAAUGAUGAAGUGUCAUGAGCAGCCGGAAGCACCGUUUUCAAAACAUCGAUGAGUUUUCUUUCAAGAAUGUUGAUAACAUGGUGUCGAAAUAAAAGUGUCUGGCUUUGUGCA